UUGAAUUAUAAUAAUAUGAAUGAAUGAAUGUAAACGCAGAAGUUGGCUGGUUCAGCGUCGAACAGUGUUCCAUGCUGUUACAGCCUCCACGACUCACACAUCCAUCCAACUACAGAUUUUCCCGAGAAACUCGCAUUUUACGGGCCACAAACUCCAGGAAUCCGCACAUGGCGCCUCCAAUCCUCUCCCUCGCUCUUCCCUCGGACACCGGUCGGGUUCUCAGCAUUCAAUCUCACACCGUCCAGGGGUAUGUUGGCAAUAAAUCUGCUGUCUUCCCUCUGCAACUACUGGGAUAUGACGUGGAUCCAAUUAAUUCCGUGCAGUUUUCGAAUCAUACAGGAUACCCGACAUUUAAGGGUCAGGUUUUGAAUGGACAGCAACUCUGGGAUCUAAUAGAAGGCCUUGAAGGAAAUGAUUUAUUGUUCUAUACUCACUUGUUAACAGGUUAUAUUGGUUCAGAGUCUUUUCUAAAUGCUGUAUUGCAAGUUGUCAGCAAACUUCGGUCAAAAAACCCAGAGCUUACUUAUGUAUGUGAUCCAGUGAUGGGUGAUGAAGGAAAGCUUUAUGUUCCUCAAGAGCUAGUAUCAGUCUAUCGUGAGAAGGUUGUUCCAGUGGCUUCAAUGUUGACACCCAACCAGUUUGAGGCAGAACUACUGACAGGCUUCAAGAUUCAAUCUGAAGGACACGGUCGAGAGGCCUGUAGGUUUCUCCAUGCAGCUGGGCCCUCAAAGGUCAUAAUUACUAGUAUAAAUAUAGAUGGGAAUCUUCUCCUGAUUGGCAGUCAUCAAAAAGUAAAGGGAGAGCCUCCCAGACAAUUUAAGAUCCUGAUUCCAAAAAUACCAGCUUAUUUUACGGGAACAGGAGAUCUCAUGACUGCACUUCUUCUUGGUUGGAGCAAUAAAUACCCAGACAACCUUGAGAUUGCUGCAGAACUUGCUGUGUCAAGCUUGCAGGCAGUUUUGCAUAGGACACUCAGUGACUACGAAAAUGUUGGACAUGAUUUUGAGUCAACCAGUUUAGAGAUCAGAUUAAUUCAAAGCCAGGAUGAUAUUCGCAGUCCACAAGUCAAACUUAAAGCUGAAUUAUACAGUUAAAUUGGUGGUAUGAUUUGAACAUGUAUGUAUUUGCCUGUAUUAUUAAUUAUUAUAUUUUUUUAAAGAAAAUUGAAGUUACAAGAACUUUAGAAAAAAGUUCAUCUGUCUCCUAUUUAUUGAUCAAUUAUAGAAAUUGAAGAGUUCUUAAAAGCUAACUUUACUAUGUACUAAUGUGACCUAUUUUGUUGUGUUUGGUAAAAGGUUAAAUAAAGAAUAACUAGUCUGAA